CUCCCCCACCUUUACCCAAUUCAUCACCAAUAUCCCCCCUAUCUCUCUCCUCAAAACAAAGAAAAAUAGAGAGAGAGAGAGAGAGCACAAACAUGGGUUUGCCCAGAUCCUUCGUCUCCAUGGCCGUCCUCCUAUUUUUCACUCUCUUCGUGCUCUCAUCGGCGCUAGACAUGUCGAUCGUCAACUACAACGAAAAGCACGGCGACAAAUCGAGUUCGAGGACCGACGAGGAAGUGAUGGGUCUGUACGAGUCGUGGCUAGUCAAACACGGCAAGUCCUACAACACCAUCGGAGAAAAAGAGAAGAGGUUUCAGAUCUUCAAGGACAACCUCAGGUUCAUCGACGAGCACAACGCCGAGAACCGGACCUACAAGGUGGGUCUGAACCGUUUCGCUGACCUAACCAACGAGGAGUACCGGUCCAUGUAUUUGGGAGCAAGGUCUGGGUCUAGGAAGAGACUUUCGGCUCCCAAGAAGAGCGAUCGCUAUCUUCCCCGCGUCGGCGAGUCCUUGCCGGCGUCCGUCGAUUGGAGAGAGAAAGGUGCCGUCGUUGCUGUCAAGGACCAGGGGAGCUGUGGGAGUUGCUGGGCAUUUUCAACAAUUGCUGCCGUGGAAGGAAUCAACCAAAUAGUGACAGGCAAUUUGAUCUCGCUAUCAGAGCAAGAGCUGGUAGACUGCGACACAUCUUACAAUGAAGGGUGCAAUGGCGGUCUCAUGGACUAUGCCUUUGAGUUCAUCAUCAACAAUGGUGGCAUUGAUUCUGAGGACGAUUACCCUUACCAAGCUAGAGAUGGUAGAUGUGACCAAUACAGGAAAAAUGCCAGGGUUGUUUCCAUUGAUGAUUAUGAAGAUGUUCCUGAGAACAAUGAAAAGGCCUUGCAGAAGGCUGUUGCAAAUCAGCCUGUGAGUGUUGCCAUUGAAGCCGGUGGCAUGGCCUUCCAACUCUAUGACUCGGGCAUAUUCACCGGAAAAUGCGGGACAGCGCUAGACCAUGGUGUUACUGCUGUUGGAUAUGGUACAGAAAACGGUGUGGAUUACUGGAUUGUGAAGAACUCGUGGGGCGCAAGCUGGGGAGAGAGGGGCUACAUCAGGAUGGAGCGUAAUUCUGUUCGCACAGGCAAAUGCGGAAUUGCAGUUGAGCCUUCUUACCCUAUCAAGAUCGGUCAAAAUCCCCCCAACCCCGGCCCAUCUCCUCCAUCCCCAAUAAAGCCUCCAACCGUUUGUGACGAUUACUAUGCUUGCCCUGAGAGCACCACAUGCUGCUGUGUCUAUGAAUACGCCAACUAUUGCUUUUCUUGGGGAUGCUGCCCACUCGAGGGCGCCACAUGCUGUGAAGACUAUUCUAGUUGCUGCCCCCACGAUUAUCCCAUAUGCAACAUUUACUCAGGCACUUGCCGAAUGAGCAAGGACAACCCGUUGGGAGUGAAGGCAAUGAAGCGCAUUCAGGCUAAGCCUCACUGGGCCUAUGUGACUGGUGGAAAGAAGAGCAGCAGUUCUUAGGGGAAGCUUUGGAGCUUUUGAGCAGCGGAUAGAGGAGAGCAGCGGGAGGUUGAAAGGAUUGCAUAUCGUAUAUGCUUUCAUAGUCUCUCUUCUGGAAUAAUUAUUUUCAGCACACUUCAUUUCCAAUUGGAUGGAUAGUCAAUCAGUGAUUAUUCAUAUGCUUAUCAUGUAUAUAAUGAUAUGAAAUGCUUUACAUUUCUGAUUCUCUGUUGGAUAUGAACCAACAAACAGUUUAUUUCAGUUUCCAGUUUCUGCUGAUUUAUGUACAUACUGCUUUAAAUUCCAGUAAUUGUUGUAAGGGUGGAUUUCAUGAAAUACUUUAUCCUCCUAAUGCUGCCUGUACUUCAUAUGAUGGUAAUAGCAUUUGUGUUUUGUUGUUGUUCAAGUUA